AUGGCCAUUAAGGCUUUCGGGUAUCAAUGCCCAAUGCUGCGAGCUUCUGUAAUACAAUGGGAUCUUCGUAAAGUUGAUCAUUAUGAAUGUUAUGACGAAUUUGAUUGGGAAGUACAGUGGAAAAAAGAAGGCGAUUCGUUAGCUCGGUAUCUAGUCCGAAUUGGUGAAAUGACAGAAUCCAUAAAAAUUAUUCAACAGGCUUUAGAAGGAAUUCCAGGGGGGCCAUAUGAGAAUUUAGAAAUCCGAGACGUUGAUAGAGAAAGGAAUCCAGAAUGGAAUGAUUUUGACUAUCGAUUUAUUAGUAAAAAACCUUCUCCUACAUUUGAAUUGCCAAAACAAGAACUCUAUGUGAGAGUUGAAGCCCCAAAGGGAGAAUUGGGAAUUUUUCUGAUAGGGGAUCAAAGUGGUUUUCCUUGGAGAUGGAAAAUUCGCCCGCCGGGUUUUAUCAAUUUGCAAAUUCUUCCUCAGUUAGUUAAAAUAAUGAAAUUGGCUGAUAUUAUGACAAUACUAGGUAGCAUAGAUAUCAUUAUGGGAGAGGUUGAUCGUUGAAAUGA